CCCCCAGGCGGAGCCAGCGCCCGAGCGGUAGCGGGAGAGGCAGCGGGACCCCAGCGCGGGAGGCGGCCACCAGGCGGGAGACCCAGAGGGCAGGAACUGGCCUGCUGCCCGGGCACCAACCCCCCGUGCCCGCCAAUGCGACCCGUUCCCCGGAGAGCCAGGCCCACAGCACGCCCAUGUGGGCAGGCGGCGGCGUGGGGAGCCCUCGGCGGGGCGCGGCCCCUGCACCCACGGAUGACCUCUUUGCGCGCAAGCUGCGCCAGCCAGCACGGCCACCGCUGACACCGCACACUUUCGAGCCAAGGCCAGCCCGAGGCCCGCUCCUGCGCAGCGGCAGCGAUGCGGGCGAGGCCCGGCCCCCCACACCAGCCAGCCCGCGUGCCCGUGCCCACAGCCACGAGGAGGCCAGCCGCCCUGCCGCGGGCCCCACCCGGCUCUUCAGUGACCCGCUGGCCCUGCUGGGGCUGCCGGCCGAGGAGCCGGAGCCCGCCUUUCCGCCAGUGCCUGAGCCCCACUGGUUUGCCCACUAUGACGUGCAGAGUCUCCUCUUUGACUGGGCUCCAAAGCCGCGGGGGACAGGGGGCCACGCGGAGGCCGCCUCUGGGACUCCGGCCUCUGCUGAGGACCGCUCUGCGGGCUCGGACCUGCUGCUUGAAGCGCCUGGCUUUGUGAGUGAGCUUGGGGGUGAGGGUGAGCUGGGCCUGGGUGGACCCGUGCCCCCACCCGUGCCCCCUGCACUGCCCAACGCCGCCGUGUCCGUCCUGGAAGAGCCACAGAACCGAACUUCAGCCUACAGCCUGGAGCACGCAGACCUGGGCGCCGGCUACUACCGCAAGUACUUCUAUGGCAAAGAACAUCAGAACUUCUUCGGACUGGACGAGGUGCUGGGUCCGGUGGCAGUGAGCCUGCGGAGGGAAGAGAAGGAAAGCAGCGGAGGGGGCACUCUGCACAGCUACCGCAUCAUCGUGCGGACCACACAGCUCCGGACCCUCCGAGGCACCAUCUCGGAAGAUGCGCUGCCGCCGGGGCCCCCACGGGGCCUGUCCCCUAGGAAGCUUCUGGAACACGUGGCUCCGCGGCUGAGCCCGACCUGCCUGCGCCUGGGCUCAGCUUCACCAAAGGUGCCACGCACACUGCUCACGCUGGAUGAGCAAGUGCUGAGCUUCCAGCGCAAGGUGGGCAUCCUGUACUGCCGCGCGGGCCAGGCCUCGGAGGAGGACAUGUACAACAACCGGGAGGCAGGACCCGCCUUCAUGCAGUUCCUCACCCUGCUGGGCGACGUGGUGCGGCUCAAAGGCUUUGAGAGCUACAGGGCCCAACUGGACACCAAAACGGAUUCCACGGGCACGCACUCCCUCUACACCACCUACCAGGACCACGAGAUCAUGUUCCACGUGUCCACGAUGCUGCCUUACACCCCCAAUAACCAGCAGCAGCUCCUGCGGAAACGCCACAUCGGCAACGACAUCGUGACCAUCGUGUUCCAGGAGCCCGGCAGCAAGCCCUUCUCCCCUACCACCAUCCGCUCACACUUCCAGCACGUGUUCCUGGUGGUGCGGGCUGACGAGCCCUGCACUCCGCACACCUCCUACAGGGUGGCCGUGAGCCGCACCCAGGACACCCCGGCCUUUGGACCAGCUCUGCCACAGGGCGGAGGCCCCUUCGCAGCCAACUCCGACUUCCGCGCCUUCCUGCUGGCCAAGGCGCUCAACGGCGAGCAGGCAGCGGGCCACGCACGCCAGUUCCACGCCAUGGCCACGCGCACGCGUCAGCAGUACCUGCAGGACCUGGCCACCAACGAGGUGACCACCACGUCGCUGGACUCGGCUUCGCGCUUCGGCCUGCCCUCCCUGGGCGGGAGGCGGCGGGCGCCCCCUCGGGGCCCGGGCGCCGAGCUGCAGGCGGCGGGGGCGCUGGUGUGGGGCGUGCGCGCGGCGCCCGGAGCGCGGGGAGCGGCGGGGGCUGGGGUCGAGGCCGGAGGUCCCGACGACGCCGAGGUGCCCUGCCUGCUGGGCAUCUCGGCCGAGGCGCUGGUACUCGUGGCGCCGCGCGACGGUCGCGUGGUCUUCAACUGCGCCUGUCGCGACGUGCUGGCCUGGACCUUCUCGGAGCAGCGGCUCGACCUGUACCACGGCCGCGGUGAGGCGAUCACGCUGCGGUUCGACGGGUCCCCCGGCCAAGCCGUAGGCGAGGUCGUGGCGCGCCUGCAGCUGGUGAGCCGCGGCUGCGAGACCCGCGAGCUGGCGCUGCCCCGCGACGGCCAAGGCCGCCUGGGCUUCGAGGUGGACGCCGAGGGCUUCAUCACGCACGUGGAGCGCUUCACGUUCGCCGAGACGGCGGGGCUGCGGCCGGGGGCGCGCCUGCUGCGCGUGUGCGGCCAGACGCUGCCCACGCUGGGCUCCGAGGCCGCCGCCCAGCUCCUGCGCUCGGCGCCCAAGGUCUGCGUCACCGUCCUGCCCCCCGACGAGAGCGGCCGGCCCCGCAGGAGCUUUUCGGAGCUGUACACGCUAUCUCUGCAGGAGCCCAGCCGGCGUCCUGCCCCGGAGCCGGUGCAGGAGGAGGCCCCAGGGGUGGUGACCCUGCUGCCCACCACGAAGCAGCUGCUGCAAUUGUGCCUGCACGAUAGUGGCAGUCCCACAGGGCCUGGGGAUCUGGCUGAAGAGAGGACUGAGUUCCUGCACAGCCAGCACUCACCGUCCCCCCGCAGUUCCCUGUCAGACGAGGCCCCAGUCCUGCCCAACACCACCCCGGACCUCCUCCUGGCCGCCACGGCCAAGCCGGCAGCACCCAGUACUGGCAGGGAGACACCCCCCACCCAGGAUGGGCCAGGCAGCCCCAGUGGUGGUGAGGACAGGGACGACCCGGCCCCAGAGCUGAGGGCCUCCUUCCUGCCACGAACCUUGUCUCUGCGGAACUCCAUCAGCAAAAUCAUGUCGGAGGCAGGCAGUGAGACCCUGGAAGAUGAGUGGCAGUCCAUCUCAGAGAUCGCCUCCACUUGCAACACCAUCCUGCAGUCACUGUCCCGGGAGGGACAGCCCAUCCCGGAGAAUGGAGAUGGCAAGGGAAUGCCAAAGGCCGAUGCCGAGCCAGAACCCGGGAGCCUGUCCGAGAAGGUUUCUCACCUGGAGGCCACACUCAGGAAGCUGCAGGAGGACCUGGAGAAGGAGAGGGCGGACAGGGCAGCCCUGGAGGAGGAGGUCCGGAGCCUGCGGCACAACAACCGGAGGCUUCAGGCUGAGUCGGAGAGCGCUGCCACCCGCUUGCUCCUGGCAUCCAAGCAGCUGGGCACACCCACCACCGAUCUGGACUGAGCUGACUGUCUGGUCCAGCCUCAGCCUGGCUGGGGACCUGCUGGCUACUGCUCAGGCCCUUCAGGGCACCUGGGGCACAGCAGAGGCCCUGGGCCCUCCUCAGGAACUCUCCCUGCGCUCCGAGGCGCAUCUUAGCACUGCCCCACUCCCCCUCCCGGAAUUUGGUGAAGUCCCCCUUACCCUGUCCCUGUUUGUAAAUAUUCUGUGGAGAAAAGGGGACUUCAGGGAGUAAAGAAGCUACUACUA